AUAAUUAUUAUUUAUAUUAUUAAACAAUCAAGGUAUUUAUAACAAACAAAUAAUAAUAUUUUUUUCAAUUUCCGUAAGAAUACAGUCUACGUUGAAUUAUAAUUCAAACCGGUCGUGUUUUCAAUCAGGAUUGUGAACGAUAACAAUGAAAUUAGUAAUAUUUCUAUCUCUAUUUGUUAUUAUACAAGCCGCGGUAAGCAAAGAAGAAAAUUGCGAUGGUAUUACCAUAAAUGGAAUUGAUUAUGAAAGAGAAACAUUAAAAACGAAUUUAGAUCGUCCGUAUUCUUUAGCAAUCGAUUACAGUACUAAUAUACUAUACUUCAGUUAUAGUUUAAAGCCAACAGACGAUGUAUUUAAAAGUGUUAAAAUCAAUCUUUAUACAAAGGAAUAUUCGGAAAUCGAAGGAAUUGAAAACGGUUUUGUACAAACUGUGGAUCAAAUAAAUCAUAUCCCGUACAUUGGUAGUUCUAAAGGCAUUUUUAAAUAUGAUUAUACAGAAAAUGAGGCUUUACCAUACAUUGCGUAUGAUUGUGAUAUCUGGGAGAUAUACUACAGAGAUAAUGUUUUAUAUUAUUCCGAUUUUCCAGCACAAUUUUUAUAUACAAUAACGAAUGGUGAAAUUGUACGUUUUGAAGAUUUAGAUGAUAUGAAAAUUAUACAUUUCCUUAUAGAUGAUAAUGACGUUAUGUUUUAUACAAAUGCAACGGGAUUGUACAGUCAACCAAAAGGUAGUAAAGAUGCAUAUUUAUAUAUUAAAUUAGAUAAUGGUGAUAAAGUAAGAGGUUUAACUGUUGAUAAAAAUGGUUAUGUUUAUGCUUGUUUUGAAGACGGUAUAUACAAGGUAAAUACAGCUACUGGAUUACUUGAACAUAUAUUGGAAAUUGAUGACGGUUUCGGUGUCGCUUUUGAUGCUAAUAAUAAUAUUGUUUAUUCUGACGCUACAUCUGUUUAUCAUCUUAAACCGAAUAAGAAAUGUGGCAGUUGAUAAAAAAAACUAUCGUAUUUUUUUUUUUUAUAAUUUUGUGAUUUUUUUUGUGUGAUGUUUACUUGUU